AUGCCAUUGAAUCUUUCUGUAAAAUGGGGCACAUCCAAAUAUGACAAUCUCACUUUUACGCAAGAUGCGUGCGGGAUAAAUUCCCUCAAGGAAAGCCUGUUUCAGCUUACAUCUGUCCCUGUGGAUCGUCAAAAGCUCCUCUUCAAAGGGGUGAUUUUAAAAUCUUCAUUGGAAAAUGUCCCAGACGGGGCUCAACUUAUAAUGAUGGGCUCGACAAACACCUCUACGCCCGUAGACACAACCAUAAGUGUCAUCAGAGAGUCUGAAGCACGGAUGAAAUCGGCCGACCAAUCUCUCGUUAGUUCGGAAAGCACGAAAUCAAAAAUUCCAAUUGGACUGGAAAAUCUUGGCAACACGUGCUAUUUAAAUGCAUCUCUCCAGCUGCUUGCAGCGAUUCCAAGAAUUUCAAGGCUGUUUGAGGCUUCCGAUGACCGUGGCUCAAAUGAUGAUCCCUUGCAAAAGCUUGAAAACUCACUGCAUCACAUUCUUGCCACCCUAUCACACCCACCGUCUGCAUCUGAACAGGGGUCAUCGAUUGCGCCCUCAGUGUUCUAUUCAGUGUUUCCUCACUUUUUCCAUCUUUCAUCGUCUUUUGUGCCGCUGCAGCAAGAUGCUGAAGAGGCCUUUUCGUCGCUUUGGUCGUUUUUAAGGGACCGGCCGGAUCCGAUUGGCACCAAAUUUAAUUCCCUGUUUCACGGCACUCUAUCGACCAAGACAUGGUCGGCCGAAGUACCCAAUGAGCCUCCCGUUGUUUCUAUGGAGCCGUUUUAUAAGCUGUCAUGCCACAUUGGGAAAGCAACAAACAGCCUUUCAAUUGGACUGUCUGAGGCAAGUUCAACGGACUUGUUUACAAUAGGCGUUGGUCGAGUCAUUCCAAAAGGAAUCCACAACACUCUCUCGCCAAGCAGUGUACGAAAAGCAAUCCAAAAUAGCAUCUUUGCCAAAGGUUUUGCUAGUCCACUUUAUCCGGUUUUAUUGGAAACCCGUGGAAAAGUAUCUUUUCCACUUGAACUUGACAUAUACGACAUGUGUAGUGACGAUCUGAAGGCCGCUCUUUCGCCUGCGCGAGAGGGCAUCAAUUUGGACAGUGCCAGUGUAUGUGAACAGAAGUGCAAGGUGGACAUGGACACCGGAAUGUAUGAGCUUGUUGGGAUUCUCACCCAUAUGGGGCGGACAGCCGACUCUGGCCAUUACAUUUCCUGGAUUCGAGAUAGAAUUAAUACUCUAGAUCAUAUUUGGUGGAAGUUUGACGAUGACAAGGUAUCGCAGGUGACACAGGAUGAAAUCCUGCGGCUAGAUGGCGGCGGCGAUUGGCACAUGGCCUACAUAUGUCUCUAUCAAUCGAAACCAAAUAUUAAAUAA